GGGGUGCCAAACCCAACUCCCAUGGAUGAGGUUGUUUGUCAACCAUUUUCCUGUCAUUGUAUGCCAUCUUCUGCUGCACAAAGUUCAACUCCCACCAAUUGUUUGCAGAAUUGCCUCUUAGGGAAAAACGCAAAAGGGCAUUUAAAAGGGUAACGAUUAACGAAGAAGAAAGGUAGUAGUUUUUUCAUACGGCUAUGGCAAAUUACAGCAUCAACUCGGUGCUUCAUCACCACCCUAUGCUGCUCCAUGACCCUGUAGCUUCUCCAUUGAGACCUGUGAAAGUAUUUACAAGCUUUCAUUCGUUUCCUUCAUCUUGCACUGUCAACCAUAGAUCCCUCCAUGUCUCCACAGCAAGAUGGUGCUGCAGCGCUUCUUCUUGUUCUUCUCGUUGUUGCUUCCGCUUAAGGGGAUGCAAGUGGAAACGGGUUGUUAGAAGCUGCUCCAUCACUGAUAUUGUUAUUGCUAGUGAUGAAAGCUAUGGCAAUAAACAGGUUGUUAGUCUUACUCCCCGCCUCUAUGACUAUGUCCUCAAAAAUGUUCGAGAACCAGAGAUUCUGAGGCAACUGCGAGAGGAGACGGCUUCGAUGCGUGGAAGUCAGAUGCAGGUAUCUCCUGAUCAAGCACAACUGCUUGCAAUGCUUGUGCAGAUUCUUGGAGCUGAAAGGUGUAUUGAAGUUGGUGUUUAUACUGGCUACUCAUCACUAGCCAUAGCAUUAGUCCUUCCAGAAUCAGGUCGUUUAGUUGCCUGUGAAAGAGAUCCCAAAUCUCUUGAUGUUGCCAAGAAGUAUUAUCAGCUAGCUGGUGUUUCACAUAAGGUGGAUGUCAAACUUGGACUUGCAGAAGAUUCCCUAGAAUCUUUAAUCCUGAAUGGUGAAGCAGGAAGCUAUGAUUUUGCAUUCAUUGAUGCAGAGAAAAGGAUGACUCAGAAAUAUUUUGAACUGCUACUACAACUGGUGAGGGUUGGAGGUGUUAUUGUAAUUGAUAAUGUCCUCUGGCAUGGAAAAGUUGCUGAUCCAUUGGUAAGUGACUCUAAAACUAUCAGCAUUCGAAAUUUUAAUCAACAGUUAAUGGAAGACAAGCGUGUAAGCAUCAGUAUGGUACCUAUUGGAGAUGGGAUGACGAUCUGCCGCAAAAUAUGACCCAUUUCUUGAGUAUUUUUUCAAUGUCGUUGAGCUGAGCUCUAUCACUAAUGUCGUCCCCUCUUUCUCCUUGGCUGACACUGCUCUACCAUCCACCCCUAUGAUGCAUGCUUCCCUAUGGACGGGGGACCUAGGAUGGUAUUACUCAUGCAGACCUUGUUGGAGUCUUCCUUUAAGACUUGACUUCCAACAUAACUUUCAAAGCUAAGUAUUUUCCCUAUUUUCAGUAUGAUCUCUUGCAUUUUAAUUUCGGCUUUUACAUGGGCCUACAUUGAGAUUUAGGUUUGGGCUUUUUGGAAUGGGCUUUAGGGCUUGUAUUUUGGCUCGUAUAGGAUUUAUGGUUGGGUUUUACAUUUGUGACCCAAUAAGUUAGAAUAUGAGAAUGUGAGUGGGGUAGUUUAGGAAUUAGGCGAACAUGGGCUUGGCCCAUUAGUAGGCUUGUUGUCCCCUUCCCCUUGCUCCUCUAUAAAAGGAACACAUUUUGUAUUUCCCUCCACUUUUAGUCAUAUAUGAUAUUUGAAUUUGUGAGAUAGAAUUCUCUCAACCUAGUUUCUCUAUAGGAACCCAUAGGAAAUUAUCAAGUGACACUCACUUGUGACUUUCAAAUUCAUAAAUUUCAUGUCUACUAUACAGAUCUGAGUUCUAACUUUUGAAUUAAAAUUUCAAAUCUCUUGAAGUGUUCAUUGUGGAAUUGAUGAAUCACAUGAUUUAGAUCUUGAUUUUUUGUUGUUGUUUGAUGUUAUUUGGUGGUGUAACCACUUGUUUCUUGCACUUUUCACAAACAAUACACUGUUCUAUAGCCCUCACGAUCAGAUCUACUACUGUGAUUUAAAAAAAAAUCAAGUUCCAUCCUUUGUUCUUCAUGUUCAUGUGCUAGAUUGAUCCUAGAGUGUCUAAAUCUUCAUUGUUUUUGAAGUUGUUACCUGUUGCAAUCAUAGUCGGCUGACCACUCAUUUUUAAGGGAAUUUGAUUUUAAACUCAUUGUUCAAUCGUACCUAAGUCCAAUUUCAGUGUUUAGUGAGUUUUUCAAAGGAUUAAAUUCUAGGAUUUAAACAUGUUCAUGAGUAUUUUGCAAGUUUAGCUAGCACACAUGGAUUUAGUUCCAGAAAAUUAUUGUGUAUCUUGUUAGAGUCUGAGCCAAGAGAAAAGGAAGCAUUUUAAAAACAUUAUUUGAAAAGGACUAAAGUGAAAAUUACUAGAUUUUAGGGGUCAAUAGUAAUUUCCUAAAACUUGAGGGGCAUGUUUGCAAAAUUUUAAAAAUUCUAAAAAUCCAUAGACCUGUCACCUGUCAGUAAAAGAGCCUCCUAAUUAAAAACAGUUGAACUUGUCAAGGUUCAUUUGUACCACUUUUGCACUUGUAUUGCCAGGGGUGCACAUGGGCGAGUUUACCUAAUGAAACCAUCUGACCCAAUCGUAUCCAAUGGUAAAAAUGCGGCUUGGAUUGUGCAAACGGAUCAAUCAGUUAAAUUUUAUAUAAUCUAAUCAUGUUUGGGUUGGAUAUCGAUUUUAACAUUAAUCCACCCAACUCAGCCUGAAACCCAAACAUAUAAUUAUUAUUAUUUUAUAAGUAUUUUUAACAAUUUUACCCCACCUAAAAUCUAGAACCCUAAUUUUAUUUCACAGUAUCACUCUUCACUUUCUCACUCUUCACGAUCAUUCUUCCUUCUCCCAACAUCAACAAUGCCGCCCCUCAUUCCCAAGUCCUAAUACAAUGUCGCAUCGUCACCUUCGUUCCCUCUGCUGCUAUUCAUCCCUUCGUCGAUGUACAUUCCAGGUAGGUUUCCUCUCCCCUCUUGUCUUCUCUACUACUUGUCUUCUCUUUGUUGCGACUUGCGAGCCUUUCUUCUUCUUCUUCCUACUUGCUUACCAAUUUUUUCUAAUUUUUUAUCAAAUUUUAAUAUUUUUUUUCAAUAUUCUAAAAUUAUUAUUAUAAAAAUAUAGCGAUGUGAUUAUCCAAUUUGAACAUUGUCGGUUGGGUUGGUUCAGAUCUGAAGAUGAAAAAUCGCGAAAUCCAUGCAGUCCUAGUUAUAGCUAACUAGCUUAGCUUGUGUUUCCCCCGGUGAAACUUGGAUAAUGCCUCGUUGGUUGCUCGAUUUGAUACUCAUCAUAUUUACAAUGACAUUUGAUUGAUAUAGUGUGUCUAUCUCUUUAUUCAUAAAUAUUUAAAUGAUCUCACAUAUUUAAUAAUUAGUUGAAAUUUAUGUGGGACCCAUAUACAAAAAAAGGUGAGAAAACAAAUGCAAGCCCUAAAAAAUUAUUUAUUGACUAUCAAUACUCAUUUUAACAAUUAGUUGAAAUUUAUGUGGGACCCACAUAAUGUAGCCGAUCUCACAUGAAUUUCAAACAAUAAAGAAGAAAGUGUUCAAGUGAAUGUUGAUAGCUUUUUUCAAAGUGUUAAUAACUUAAUCUGGUUCUUAUAUUUUUAAACUUUUGAUAAGUAAAGACAAAUGAGUUGUGUUAAAUCACCUAUGUUCUUAGUCUAGUGGAGCAAUGAUGUUCAAGAUAAGUGAAUUUAAAAUUUGUCUAAAAAUUAUUUAUUAUGUAUUAUGUAUAAAUCAUAUUUACGAUAAGUAUUUUUGAUUGAGACAAUCUUAUUUUAUCUGAGUGUGGUAAAGGCCAAAGUUCAACUUAAGAGUGUGUCUCCUAAGAAUCAAACUUUUGACCUCAAGGUUGACACUCAUAAGUAUAUAAAUAAUCCAAUUGAUCUAUUAAAUUUGGGAAAAAUUAUCCAAGUGAUAUAUUUUUUUCAAAGGUUCAUGGUCCAAUUAAAAAAGCCUUAAAAAAUACAAUCAAGGCCCUUACAAGUUACAAGUUACAACCCAAAAAAGAGGUAAGGAAAAAUUUUGUGAGAUAAAAAAAGGAUGAAUGAGUGAUAUGACCGGUGAUGAUGAUGUGAUAGAAAAUGUAGAAUAAUAAGGAAAACAAGUGAAAAUAAAAUGGAAGAGAAAGAGAAACAUGAAUGAACCAUUACCAAAAAAAAAAAAAAAAAAAAAAAAAAAAAAAAAAAAGGAAA